UCAAUAUGGAGAGAUUAGGCUUUCUGUAAUGAAGAAGCCCCUGAAGGUACUUUUGAUUAUGAUGAUUCAUGAGCUGAAGAGUGGUGGAACCAUUUUUAAAUUCUUAUGUGUUAGUGAAUGUGAAAGGUUGGCAUUCACUAUAAUUAUAACGUCUUAAUCUUCUCAUCUGUUUGUUGCUUUGAUAUCUCCCCUCUCUUUUUUCUUGUUGAUUUCAAUAUCUUAACCAGCUUCAGAUAUAUGCUGGUAGCUUCCAGAAUUGGCUGGCUUUAAGGGAUGCAAAUGGCUGCUAGACUGUAGGACUGGUUUCCAUCAAUAAAGAUAUGAAAGGGCAUGGAAUGAAAUGGUCGAGUCGUAAUCUUAUAUUGCCAGUCGACACCUUCCUUAAGGCGGGCUGAAAAGCAAAAUCCACGCAUGUUUUCCUGGGCUUAUUGCUGUAAUACCAAUUGUAACAUUAAUUACUACCUACCAAAGAUGAUUUCUCCUCUGAGGUGAAUCCACCUAAUCGUAAUUAUUGCUUUGUUUUUUUUAUAUUACUGUGAUAAGAACAACUUUAUGACCCCAUCCUCACAUUUACACUGCAAGCAUCUCUCAACAGGUUAUAUAAACGGGGGUUGGGUUGUAGAGUUUGCUUGCAGGAAGCGAUUCUACACACAAGGAUACACCUAGCUAUUCUCCUUCAGGUUUAUUCUUUCAUCCAUUGUGUGUUGAUGAAUUGUGCUGCAUAUCUUAUUUUUAGAAUUUGAUUUUACUCGCAAAUACAUUGUUUUUGUGGUUUUGAGAAUUUCUGGUAUAAAGCCAGCCAUGGAGAUUUUUCUUCCAGUGAGUUUCAUGAAUGUCUUCCAACUGAGUUUUUUUGCAAAAACUGUUCUGAUUUUAUAUGUGUGCAUCAAUUGCAUGCAUCUUUACUCAUGGCAGGAUUGAAUUUCUAAUCAAUAAAGCUCUUCCUCUGUUAAAUUUCUCUCUCUCUCUCACACACACACACACUCGCACAUUUAUGUCUCUCUCUCUCUCUCUCUCUCUCUCUCUCUCUCUCUCUCUCUCUCUCUCUCUCACACACACACACACACACACACACAUCAACUUGCACAUUUAAGUAUAUCUUUUAAUCCUGUAACCAUUUUUUGCUAAUUUUAUUUUAUUUGGUUUUCUGAUACAAUUUGAAGCGCUUCCAUGGGUAAUUCAAAAUACUCGAACUCUACCAAAUACAGCAUGCUUUUUUUUGGUUUCUUCAUACAGACAUAUCUUCUCCACCAUUGGUAUAUUUAAAUUUUCAUUUGCAGUUACGAUUUCUUAAAAAAAGUUUGUGCUGUCAGAUUCUAGCAUCUCCCAAUGGAAAGCACACGAUACACAGUGACACUGGAUGAGUUCAAACUUUUCCACAGGAUCGACCGAACAGUGUACCUCAUUCUCACAAGGGAUCUCGCACGCAACCCCGUAGAGUCCCUCUACAUCCUAGCUCUGUGGAUGUGGUUGGAGCGCGGAGGAGGGUUCUCGAAUUUCAUAUCCAAAACACUCUCCCUUCCUCCAUUCCUAGUCAACGAACUCGCUGACGAGGCAGUCACAUGCCUCAAAUGUCUGAACGUCCAGUUCCCAUUCAUAUCCGAAGCAAGCGAAAUCCCUCUCACACAGAGCCUCGUGGAGAGGGAUAUCUCUCUCCAGUUUUUCUUCGAAAAACGGUUUACCGCUUUCGAAGAAAUCCAAAUCUUGGUAAGCAGAGUCUGUGUGCCUUCACUUUCUGAUAUCAUGCAGGCUCAUAGACAGGUGGCGGCACCAUCUCCGAGCCAUGUGCAGAUGCAUGCACCGCCUCCGCCUCCGCCUCCAGCUGCUGUGGAUGACUCACUAGCCCACAGCUUCUUUAGCAUGAGGAUCGGUUCGGACGAUCCUGGUCCUUCUCGAGGUAGGGGCCGCCCGAACGACAGGACCAUGUUUGUCACCUUCUCCAAGGGGUACCCUGUGACAGAAACCGAAGUGAGGCAGUUCUUCACGAUGCUGCUCGGGAACUGUAUCGAGUCGUUGCAUAUGCAGGAGGUGGGGCGAAAUGAGCAGGCUCUGUAUGCUAAGAUUGUCUUUUUCAGAGCUUCGUUCAUCAGGUCGAUUCUCAGUGGUGCGAGCAAGGCUAAAUUCAACAUCAAUGGCAAGCAUGUCUGGAUGAGGAAGUUCGUGCCGAAGAAUAAUGAGUAGAUUGUCGUUUGAUGUCGUUUAACGUGUCGUCUCUGAAUGUCUUGUGUGUGCGUGCAUGCUGUUGUCGGUUAGUUUUUCCGUUUUUUCAGGUUUUAAUGUGUCGUAGUGGUGUCGAGGUCGAAGUUUCCUUGUUUGUUUAUUUUCAGUAUUUCUUGCUUUUCGGUUGUGUUUAGAGUCGGUUACUAAAGCUGUUUUGUGAUGGUAAAUUUGUCUUCAGUCGGUUAAUCAGUUAAUGAAGUGUAGCUUCUUUGGUUUAA